CCACGUGUAUUUAUUGUUUUACUAGGAGACAGACACCUGCAGCAUGCUUGUACUAAAUGUAAAUGUAAUGAACUCACACAUACAUAGAGUUUUAAUAUAACAGAUUGCUUAAUUAUUUUUGUGCAUCCGCCUGUUUUGGAAAUAUUGUGGAUUUAUUUGUUUGGAUUUUUCAGUUAUUUUUGUUUGUUUGUUUUGUUUUGAAUUAUUUGUGCAUUUACAAAAAAAAAAGAAUACUAAUUAUAAAACAAUGAAGCACUUGCAAUUCGUGCUGGUGCUGGCCAUCGCUGUCAACGUUUGGGAGUGCGGCGACGCCAAAUUCGGACCCGAGCGCGGUGGCGAACUGAGCGCCAGGCGGCGACGCUGCUACGACGGCAGCCUGCCCAAGCGCCUCAAGAAGCGGGAGAGGAAAGUCCUCUUGGACGGCGGCGGCUCCACGACCACCACGACCGCCACCGCCGGCGGCGGAGGCGAAGUGUGUCACCGGCUCUACCCGCGAGUGUCUUGCUGUCCCACCAGGAGAGCGGCGUACCAGAUCGCGCACCGCAGGGAUGCCCGGAUCUUCACCACCAACAACACGGAAUGCGGCCGUCUGCUGGAGGAGAUCAAGUGUGCACGCUGCUCCCCCAACGCGCAGGUGUUAUUCCACGCGUCGGACCCAGGCAGGAUGCCACACAGGGAGCCCGACCUGCCCCAGCUCUGCCAGGACUUCUGCCGCGAGUUCUACUACACCUGCCGGGGACACGUACCGGAAUUGUUCCAGGCUGACGUGGAUGAGUUCUGUCAAUACUACGGCAGACGAGAUGCUGGCCUGUGCUUUCCAGAUUUUCAACGAAAGCAAGCACAGGGCCAAGAUUCCAACUACUUGGGAGACGAGAAGAUGGAAGAUAUCAGCAGGAAACACAAACACAACUGCUACUGUGCCCAGGAGGUGUUGAGUGCUCUGCGGCAGCCGGUGGCCGUGGUGCACUGCGGCGACGGAUCCCAACGCCUCUUUGUACUGGAGCGGGGGGGAUUUGUCCGGAUACUCACCCACGACCUGCAGCUGCUCAAGGAGCCCUUUCUGGACAUCCACAAGCUGGUGCAGAGCGGCCUGAAGGGCGGAGAUGAAAGGGGCCUGCUAAGCCUGGCAUUCCAUCCCAAUUAUAAAAAGAAUGGCAAGCUCUACGUGUCCUACACCACCAACCAGGAGCGCUGGGCCAUCGGGCCGCACGACCACAUUCUCCGCGUUGUGGAGUACACCGUGUCCAGAAAGAACCCAAACCAGGUGGACACCCGGACCAUUCGGGUACUGAUGGAAGUGGCCGAGCUGCACCGGAAACAUCUGGGGGGGCAGCUCCUUUUCAGCCCCGAGGGUCUGCUGUACAUCGUCUUGGGGGACGGGAUGAUCACCCUGGACGACAUGGAGGAGAUGGAUGGACUCAGUGAUUUCACAGGGUCCAUGCUCAGGGUAGACGUGGACACGGACGGCUGCACGUCCCCCUAUUCCAUACCUCGGGACAACCCGUACUUCAACAGCACCAACCAGCCCCCGGAAAUUUUUGCACAAGGCUUACAUGACCCGGGCAGGUGCAGUGUGGAUCGGCUCCAGACGGAGAACGGGAGCCUCCUCAUGCUCUGCACGGAUGCUAGUGGCAAAAACUCCACCACGGGAAGAAUAUUGGAGAUGUCCAAGGGGAAAGACUACGAGAACGAACCUUCCGUCUACGACCUGCAGUCCAUUCGAGGAGCACCACCAGUGGGGGGCUUCAUCUACAGGGGUUGCCAGUCUCGAAGAUUGUAUGGCAGUUACGUGUUUGGAGAUAGGCUUGGAAACCUGCGGAUUCUCCAGAAGUCAUCGAUAACGCCGUCAGCAGCAAGCGACCAGUGGCAGGAGAAACCGCUUUGUCUGGGCUCAGCCGGAUCCUGCGGCUCCAUGCUAGUGGGAAAUAUCCUGGGAUUCGGAGAAGAUGAACUGGGUGAAGGCUACAUACUGGCGAACAGUAAAAGCAUGGCGCAGUCGCACAGUGGGAAACUCUACAAGUUGGUGGACCCCAAAAGGCCCCUAGUCCCCAAGGAGUGCCAGCGUCAGGUGGAGCCUCCCGAGCUGUUGAUGACAGCUUGUUCCAGACACUGCAAGAACGGACACUGCACGCCCACUGGCAAGUGCUGCUGCAGCCCUGGUUGGGAGGGGCUCUUGUGCCGUAUCGCCAAGUGCGAUCCAGGCUGCCGCAACGGAGGCGUGUGCAUGGAGCCCAACAAGUGCCUGUGCAAGAGCGGCUACUCGGGCGGCCAGUGCGAGCAGAGCGAGCAGGGCAUGCCUAACGAUCAGGAGAAGGACGGCCUCCUGGACCAUAUCAUCGACAUGACAUCGUACCUCCUCGACCUGACCAGCUACAUCGUAUAGAGAGACUGCGCCACCUACACGAAUCUGCCUAGCGCCACCGGCUGACUCCAACGAGGUAGCCUUAAUUUUUGGGGGGCCCACGCUGACACAAAAGAAAGAAGGAUCUCCGUCACAGCUGCCUUUUGUCAACACCACCGGACGUUACGGUUCCUCACCGGACGAUAAGCUACUUGCUCCCCUGAGCACCUGGCCUGGCAUCCAAGUCACAGAAAACGGCCCGCCAAGACAUUUCUGCGCCUCUCCGGGACAAAUAUAAAAAACACGGCAACGGAGUAACCGAUUAUUUUGGCGAUUUGCUGUGAUGUCUUUAGGACACAUCCACAACUGUUGGACAUUUUCAACGCAGGAUGAAGAAGAGACGCCUGAUUGCAAACCCGCCCCCAUGUCCCCGCUCUGCAUUCUUGACAAAACGUUUCAAAAACAAACACAAACACCUUUGCGCAGGUUCCUAACACUGGCCUCUUUCACACAGAGACCUCGCAAAAUGGCAGCAUCAGAGUUGUAACGGAGCGAGAUACUGCUGCAACUGUACUGUACGUCUUUCACACAGAGACUGAUAAUUAGAUGACGUCAGUGCCUAGUGUGACGUAAAAGAUACUUGUCGGGCUGCGACAAGUGGUUUCAGCGCAUCAGGGCGGAAGAAAUUAGUUCCCCCUCACAAACAUGCGUGACGACGUCCCGCCUCUGUUACAGCUCUGAUACUUCCUCCCCUGCAGGAAAGCUCUUUUCUGCCUUCUCUUUUCACACAGAAUCCAGCAAAGGUGGGAUAUUGCUGCAACUGUCUGAACUUUCAGGCAGGAACACAGCACUCCAACAAUCAGAUCAUUACAUGACGUCACCAUCUGGUGUUACGUUAAAAAAAAAAUUAAAAAAAUACUUGUCAAACAGUACUAUUUACUUUCAAUACAACAUGGCGGGAGUAGUGAGUUUCAGUUCCUGUGGCGCCCCACCCUCUGUUACGGGUCUCCAUUCGUGCAUUACGCCUUUUUUCCCCUGUUCGUGUUCUGUAAAAUUGGCACCUUCAUGACACAAGAGCAAGCAUUUAUCCGUCUUUUGCGCAGAACCCUUGCUUUCACACAGCCACUCAGCAUCCCGCAAUCAGAUAAUUUGACGACCUCUGUGUCUGAUGUGAGAAAAUUGCUUUCAAUGAAACAAGGCUGGAAAAAUGAGUUUCAGGUGUUAGACUUUACUCACCAACAUUUACACAGAAUCCAGCGAAGGCACCCCACACAGUGAAACAGCAUCCCGCAAUCAGAAAAUGUCGUGACAUCAGCGUCUGGUGUUACAAUUGCUUUUGACACAUCAAGGCCGGAGACGUGAGUGUCAGGUGUUACACUUCACACCCCUGUCCUUGCAAUUGCAGAAUAACCUUACACACAGAUGAUGUCCCGCCUCUGUUACGGCUCAGAUUCUACCCCCGAAGGUUCAAAAUUGCCGGGUCGACUCCAGACAGUAACAAUUGCUUUUGACACAACAAGGUUUUAAAAUGUAUACCCCGGCAUUGUAGAUGAGAUACUACCUCCAAAGGCGCAAAAAUGCCAGGCUGAUUCCAUCCCCCGCACACCUUCCAUGUCGUGUCGGUGCCUUUAACACAAAACAUCGACACUGUAAAAAACAAAACAAAAAAAACGUUUUAUUUAAAAAUGCCGUCUUUUCCUGGGCGGUAUAAAAGGGGCUAGUGGACAUCCAAAACAUAAAGGGAAGAAGAAGAAGAGGUAGCGAAUGGUAAUGUAUAUUCUUCUAUAGAGCUUACCCACUACUACUUAGCUUUCCAAAAAAAAAUAAAAACAUUUAAAAAUAAAAAUGAUGAAAAAAAAAACAUAGCAUUAUUAUGAUAGAGGGGGUUUAUUUUUCUAAGUGUAAUAAUAUAUGGGAGAGAGUGGUGUUUAUAAAAAUACAUUUUACACUAAGCCUUGUGUCCCUUUAGUGUACUUGCAGCUUGCAUUUUAAACGCCCGUCCCCCAAUAAUCCGCAACACAAAGCUUCACUAUAGAUCCACGAUGUUAGCGUUUAUUUGUGUUCAAGCCCCAACACGCUGUUGUUGUUAGUAUUAUUUUUGGUUUCAACCUGUAUUGGUUCACCUCGCUGGUGUGUUUGUUGACAUAAAUCAAUAAGUCUACCUGGUCGAAAACAAAUCCACAGUGGAAUUUUUAUGCUGUAAAAUGGGGGGGGGGGGAGAUUUUUUUUUUUUCUCUUUGUUUUGUUUUUUUUGUUAGCACUUAAUGUGAACGUUGUUGCAUUGUAGCUGCUGAGACGGCAUGGUGUGAAUAGAAUAACCAUUUUCAUUAUUUAAGUAGUAGUUACACAAAAUGAGAUAAUUAUUUAAGUAUGUCAUUGUACUGUAUGUGUGUAUUUUUCUUUUUAUAUUUGUUUUGUAUCAUUCAUGUAUUGUAAAUACAACUUUAGGGAUAACUUUCUCUCUUCAGAAAUAUCAAUAUGUCUAUUAAA